ACAUCAGACAUAUCCAAGAUGUUCUCUUUUGAUUGUGCCCGAACAAGUAUAAAUAACUAAAGCCUUUUGGCACCAAGACCAUAAGGCUCACAUUCAUACGGCUUUAUCAAUCCCCAAAAACUGACUUCCUGUUUUAGUUCUUCGACUUCCCUACAUAUGUUUGUCAGUUUCUAACAAUGCGAAGGUCUAGUAGUCUGCCUCUUCAGCCUCCAACAUAUGGGAAUCUAAUCACCAUACUCAGUAUAGAUGGAGGUGGCAUUAGAGGGCUUAUCCCCGGAACCAUCCUCGCCUUCCUAGAGUCCGAGCUUCAGAACCUGGAUGGAGAGUCUGCAGUGAUUGCAGAUUACUUCGAUGUAAUUGCUGGAACGAGCACGGGAGGUCUCAUUGCCGCCAUGCUGACAAGCCCGAAUGGGGACAACCGCCCCCUCUUUGCUGCAAAAGACAUCAACCAGUUCUACCUGGAUCACUCUCCUAGGAUCUUCCCACAGGACAGCCACCAAUGUGUUCCAGUCGCCAACGUGAUUAAAGCCGUUUGUGGACCGAAAUACAACGGGAAGUAUCUGCAUAUGAUCCUCAAGGAAAUUCUAGGAAGCACGAGGUUGCACGAAACACUGACUAACAUUGUCAUCCCAACAUUUGACAUCAAGCGUCUCCAGCCAACCAUAUUCUCCAGCUACGAGGUAAAGAAAAACCCGAGCAUCAAUGCCUUCCUCUCGGAUAUCUGCAUCUCAACAUCUGCUGCCCCAUCGUAUCUCCCAGCACAUUACUUUGAAACGGAAGACUUACCGGGCAAAGUCAGAGAAUUCAAUAUGAUUGAUGGUGGUGUUGCAGCAAACAAUCCAACGCUGGUGGCUAUGGGAGAAGUGACAAAGGAAAUAAUGGGAGGAAGCUCGGACUUCUUCGCCAUAAGGCCAAUGGACUAUAGAAGGUUUCUCGUGAUAUCCUUAGGGACUGGCGCGCCAAAGUAUCAAGAGAAGUACAGUGCAGACGAAGCAGCUAAAUGGGGUGUCUUGGGUUGGUUAGCUGGUGGCGGCGGAACUCCAUUGGUCGAUGUAUUCAUGCAAUCAAGCUCCGAUAUGGUCGAUUUUCACCUCUCUGCUGUCUUCCGGGCCCUCCACAUCGAAGAAAAUUACCUCCGUAUUCAGGAUGACACGUUGAGCGGGGAAGUGUCGUCGGUCGAUGUGGCAACGAGAAAGAACCUGGACGACCUGGUGAAAGUUGGGGAAUCACUUCUGCAAAAGCCUGUGUGCCAUGUGAACCUAGACACAGGCAAAUGCGAGGCACGGGGCCAAGAGACCAGCGCAGAGGCUAUCCGAAGGUUCGCGAAAAUUCUCUCGCAUGAGAGGCGGCUUCGGCUGGCGAGGUCGCCUCACGGACGUGCUGCACUUUCCAAGUAGUUCGACCGCUACAAACGAAGAAUCUAUUCUUACAAAUGAAAGAUUGGCUCUUUUAAAAUUUUUAUUGUAUGGUUGCUAUUGCAGUUACUUGGACAAUAUGCGUGGCUAGUAGGUAGGACUAAGGCCUGAAUCCCCAUUUAAUUGACCAUCUCAAUUUUCAUAA